AUGCUUCACCCUUUCAUUAUCCUGCCCCUUAUUGUGCUGUUCAUUUGCCAGGAAGUCAUUGCCAACACGGAAAUUAUCAACUUCCUUGCCGCUGAGGAACGCAAUGUCGACUUCUCGUCCACCACGGUUGACAGUUGGCCAAUUUUGAAUUACAAAAAUAACCAGGGACACUGGAACGUAGAUCCCGCUCUGCUCGACACGCCUUUGCAGCAGGUGUGCGAGUCAGAGACAGGCAUCAAUCCGGCGAACCCCUUCUCAUGCCUUCAUGAGCUCUGGAUAACGUUAGAUCUCGAUGAUGAAAACUGGAUGUCCUAUUCGAAGUUUACGCUACGUCUAUCCUGGCCUGCUUCCUCCCCCGCGGAUUUUUUGCUCGAAAUCUACAGUCCUGAGGCGAUCUUAACCCGUUUGUCUAGACUACCGCACCAGUCAGCGAUAGACGAUGCUUCGAUCACUACGCCGCAUUUAUCGCGCACGGGUUUAUCCACCGUAACUACUCGCCUCAAGUAUGCCAGGAUACGAGUCGUUGAUACUGGUAUACGCACACCCACACCUGAUUUCCAUGCAUCGGAUGUUCAAGCGAUUCCAUUCAUUCUCAUUCUCGAACAACUCUAUUUUGGCGUUCUACCGGCUUCUCUCCUUCCUACUGUGUGCUUCCUUAUCGCUGUUCUGUCCUGUGCGGCUCUAGCCACACCGUGGAUACUUAGUUAUCUCGAUCAUUUCAUAAAGCAGGCGAGACAGGAAUUGCGCGAUUUUAGCACAGCUCGAGAAAAGAAGGAACACUGA